AUGCCUGAAAUAGGUCAAUGUACUGAUAUAACAUGUGAUGAUGAAAUAAAAGAAUUAUAUAAUUGUCACUGUUGUUUACAUCUUAUUUGUCUCUAUCAUUUGAAUAUACAUGCUGAAAUAACAAAACAAAAUAAAAAUCAACGAUUAAAUAAUCUUCGUAAUGAAUUAAAUACAGUUGUUAAUACACUAAAACUAAUUAUUGAAGAAAAAUUAUUAACCAUUGAACAUGAACAAAAUUUAAUUGAACAAGCAAAAAAGUUUCUUAAUAUAUCCAAUAGUUCAAUUGAUGAAUUACAAAAUAUUUUCGAAAAAAUUAAUCAAACAAUAGCAUUAAAUCGUUUAGGAGGAAUCAAGCUGAAAGUCGAACCAUCAUUAUCACAGACUAAAUAUUGUUCUCGUGUUUUCGAUUAUAAUAAGAAAAAUAUGAAUUCAAAUGAUGAAGCAGAAGAAUUGAAGAUCUCAAAAGAUAAUGAAUAUUCAACAGAUAUCGAUCACAAUUUUGAUGGUAUUGUUUCAUUGGAUGAAAGAGUCGAAUCUAUUCAGGAUCAAUAUGUAAAUGAAAAACACGUGAAACAUAAAUUAAAAUCAUACAGAUAUAUUUUUAAUACAUGUCCAUUAACAUUUGAUGGAGCAUAUGGUCUUACUGAAGCAAAUCAUUCAAUUAAAUUUUGUAAACAUGAAACAACUCGUCGAAUCGAAUUAUACUUUCAUUUUACUCGUAAACAUCAAUUAAAAAAAAUUUAUGCUCAACGUUUAGUACAAGCUAUUGUUAAUAAUGAAGAUCCUCAUAUAAUAAAAUUAUUUAAUGAAAAUGAAGAUGUACUUGAUCAUUUUUAUAAAGUUCAAUGUCCUUUUGUUUAUGAAAAUAUUCAUACAUUAAAUUAUAGUCAACAAAAAGUAAAUAUUUUACCAUGUCAACAUCGUUUAGUUGUACUUUAUAAAUUAAAACAUCAUUUACGAACAUCUCAAUUUUUUCCUAAUCCAAUUCCUCGUAGUCAAGUCUUAACGUCUGGUAUUCCUUUAUCAUCACCAUCGGGUAUUGGAUCAGCAUGGAAACAUGGAUUACGUUGA